GGGAGGCAGGAGGCGCCGCGGCGGGCGAGCCGCGCUGCCGUCGCGGGCGGGCAAGUGGGACGGCGCCCCGCGGCGUCCUGGGUGCCCUCAGCCCCCCAGAACCAUUCAUAUACAGAGAUGAAACCAUGAAGACAAAGCAGAACGAAUAAUAAUGCUUUUCCGAAACCGUUUUCUGUUCUUGCUGGCUUUGGCAGCCUUAUUAGCCUUUCUGAGCCUCAGUCUGCAAUUCUUGCACUUAAUCCCAGUAAACCCCAUCAGGGAAGAUGGACUCAAUCCUAAGAGCCGGAAGAGAAUAAUGCCUGAUUUGCUGACUGAACCCCCUGCAAUAGACCCUGUUUAUGAAGCUCAGGUUUACUGCAAUAUUCCCACCAUUGCCGAACGCAGCAUGGAAGGUCAUGCACCUCAUUAUUUUAAACUAGUGUCGGUUCAAGUGUUGAUUCGACAUGGCGAUAGAUACCCACUCUAUGCCAUUCCUAAGACAAAGAGACCUGACAUUGACUGUACAUUGGUGCCUAGCAGGAAACCUUCUCAUCCUCAUCUUGAAGCUUUCAUUAAACAUAUGUCCAAAGGGUCUGCAGCCCAAAUGGAUGGUACCCUAGGCAGCCUGCCUCGGUACCCUAGUCAUUCUUUGUGUGAAAUGGGAGAGCUUACACAGACAGGGGUUGUACAGCAUUUGCGAAAUGGACAGCUAUUACGAGAAAUUUAUAUAAACAAGCAUAAACUGCUCCAGAGUGACUGGACAGCAAAACAGCUCUACUUGGAGACAACAGGAAAAAGUCGAACCCUGCAGAGCGCGCUGGCACUGCUCUACACGUUUUUGCCAGAUUUUGACUGGAAGAAAAUUAACGUGAGACAUCAGUGGAGUACCAUUUUUUGUUCUGGAAGCUGUGACUGCCCAAUGCGAAACCACUACCUAGAAGAGGAACAGCGCCGACAGUACAGCUUACGGGUGAAGAACAACAAUUUGGAGAAAAUAUAUGUGGAUAUGGCAAAGAUUGUAGGCAUUCCCACGAGGCAAUUGAGAGCUUCUAACCCAAUAGAUUCUCUCUUGUGCUAUUUUUGCCAUAAUGUCAGUUUUCCAUGUACUAACACUGGCUGCAUUGGUAUGGAACACUUCAAAGUUAUCAAGAGACAUCAGUUAGAGGAUGAGAGAGAACGACAGGAGAAGAAACUUUAUUUCUUGUAUGCACUAUUGGCUACUCAUCCUCUCCUUAACCAGACUGUUAACCGACUGCAGCGUAUUGCAGAAGGCAAGAAAGAAGAAGUAUUUGUUCUUUACUCUGCACAUGAUGUCACAUUGUCACCUGUUCUUAGUGCCUUGGGCAUUACUGAAGCUAGAUUUCCAAGAUUUGCAGCCAGAUUAGUUUUUGAGCUGUGGCAGGAUGGGAAGAGACCCAAAGAACACUUUGUUCGCAUCCUCUAUAAUGGUGCUGAUGUCACAUUCCAGACCUCGUUCUGCAAGGAUUAUUAUAAACGUUCCAGUAAACCCAUGUGCCCACUAGAAAAAUUUGUUAACUUUGUCAAAAGGGAUAUGUUCUUAGUUUUUAAUAGUACUAGUUACUACGAUGCGUGUCGUAGAAGACCACUGUAGGGAAGGGAAGUGAAAAGGAAGCAAUGUUAACUUGUGUGUCGGUGAAAGUCUCUGUAUCUCUGCUGGUGGAAGGGCAGUUCAGUCUGGUUAUUUCUUGUACUUGUUUGUGUAAGUACACAAGAAUAUUGCUUGAAACAGUUUUCAGAUAGUUUUAUUUUAAUUCAGAAACCAUAGAUCGUCUUCAAUAGAAGAAUGAAUACUGAGGGAGUAUUACUUUUUUAUGUGUAUGCUCACAUAUGCUGUGUUAAUUGUAAUGAAUUGAUAAACCACAUGGGGUACUGUAACCUGGAUGUUGCUUGAUAUUUUUUUUUUUUUUAAGAAAAGAGAGAGAGCAUAGAUUUGAUUUCUCUGAAUUCCAGAGCAAUACUUGUAGACCAUGAGUUUAAAAAGAAAACGGUCCUUUUAUUUUUCCACCACAACAUCACAAUCAUUUUAAGUGGCUGUGUCAAGAUAUUUAUAAAUUCCAGGCAUCUGAAUGGAACCUUUUGUAAAGAGUUCUCGAAACUCCCUCCUCACAAAGAAGAGAAGCAUUUUCGUAUUUUGAGGGAUGUAUGUAUACUGUACGUAUUUACCUGGGUAUGCACAAAUGAGUACAUGUCUUUUUGCUCACAGACCUCUAAAUAUUUGGCUUCUGUUGUCUGUGUCAGAGAAGGUUGCCCUGUAAAUUAGAUACAAAACUCUGUUCUUUGAUUGCACUUUCAGCACUUUGAGUAGUUCAGACACAAUCUAGAAAUAUGUAAAGGUCUUGUGACUUCCUUUAAAACACACAAAUAGCAAACACUAACAUUACCACUGUAUCUGAGCGAGAAAUUAGGAGUAUAAAUCAGUUUUAUGGUGAAGUGUUGCAUUCUUUCCCAUUUGGUACACUCUCUCAAGCUGCUGUGUUGUGGAACAAAUUAGUGUUUUAGGAAUUUGAUAUAGUGGCUGCUUGAGACAGCUUGACUAAAGACUAAGAACUUUUGUAGUUCAGUUAGUAUUUUUAUGGACUAGGAAGCUUUUAUUUUGUAAGACCAGACUUGUACAUAUUGUACUGUGUAUAUUUAUAACACAGUAAAUCUUUUGUACUUGUUUAGUUGGUGAAGAGCUGUGAAAAGCUGGCCUUUAGACAUUUUUUCCCUUGACUAGGAUGUAUAGAUUUAAGAAUAAAUAGUCAUUUAUGGGUAACUUGAACAACCCCAGUAGAUACAGAAACUUGUAUUUUAAACUGCUUUCAUCUUUAUGAGUAGGAAAUUAAGAACCAAUUUUUAAUACAAGUGUUUGAAAAAUUUUCAUUACUAGAAUAUUAAAUUUUAUAACGGUGGAGCUUUUUACAUGUCUAGAAGUAAUUUAGUCUGUGACUUGUGAUUCAAUGGUGCUAGUUUAUCAAAGGAAAUACAGCUAACUUUUUUGGCA